AUGUCGUCGCAUAUGCCUCCGCAGACCAUCUCGGUCAAGCGCAAACGAACUGAAGCGCCCGUGGACUCGCUGCGCAUCGAUCACGAAGUCAAGCGCCAGAAAAGCCAGAACCUUGACUCUGGCUUCAACUCGGAGCCAGAAGUUCAAUUUUUCUUCCGGCGACUCACAAAGCCAGGCGACGAUGCUCACGUAGCCACGGCCCCACCGACGCCAACCGCCCAGAGGCGUUUUCGCCUUGACCCUGUAUCGAGAAUCGGGGCAAAGAGACAUUUCGUCGAGGAACAAAAGUCUUCCAGAGAUGAGAGUAACUUGGUUGGGGGUCAAGUACAAUCACCGGCAUCGGAGCCUGCACUCGACCUACCAUCACGACCGCGGAAGAGGCCUGGGGCGGGGAGUGCACUGCGGAAUUCAUCAAAGUCAAGCAUACAGAGACAGGUGCAAGUGUCGGAGCCGUCUGAAAAGGAUGUGCGUAAACUUGAGGCACUUUCAAAAGAGGUGGAGAAGAUAGAUAAUCUCAAGAUCCCCCUGCCCUCGACAUCACCAUCGAAAUACAAACCCAAGGCCCCUGCGAAGCGGUUUGCUGAGCGUCAUCCAGAAAAGGCCGCAGCGCUAUCAUCACACGACAACGAAGCUACAGACGUGGACGCCAUGGACGUAGAUAGCGAAUACGUCUACGACCACUAUGUGCGCGAGCCCGUUCUGCCGGAUGCACCAGCGCCAACCGGGAGUGUGGGACUGUUGGUGAUUGGCGAAGAGGACGCAGACUGGUGGGACAACGAAGAGGGCAGCGACCGAGAGUUUGAUACGGAUGACGAAGACGAGAAUGCAGAAGACUACUACGCUAAUGACUACCCGGAAGAUGAAAUGAGCGACGACGACGAGUUUGACCGCAAUCUGUACAAGCCAAAGUACCGCCAUGGCAGCGAUGAAGAGGAGUACGAUAUUGAGCGUGACGAGGGCGACAGCGCACUUGCCAGCGGCGAGGACGAAGACGAUUUGCAUUUCAAGAUGACGGUGCCAAAGGCACAACGAGUGGGGUACUGGGGUAUGAAGGACGAAUGA